CACUAGCGCCUGGCAAGCCCCCUUCCCCCUUUUUUGUUUGAAUCUCAUGGCCUGAGCUUUAUCACUCAAGGCUGGUGCUGUACCAUAUAGAUCCUGCUCUAUCAACAUUUGGACCCAGGAAAUGAGAGUCUAGAAGAGCUCAAGGGACCAGCCCUGGGCUCUUCUCUCAUCCAGCUUUAGUGGGUUUAAAGGCCCGAGUAUAUGUAUAGCCUUGGUGGACUGAGCCACUAAUUUGGGGAGAAUGAUACUGGCACUGGAUAUUGCUCAUGUACUCCAUCUUUAGUGGCUGCCUUGUAAGUGCUGGACAGGUAGGGAUGGAGAAGGGAAGGAGGUGGCCUUACCAGUGAGAUUGAGGUUCAAUAUUAGGAAAACUUUGUUGUACCUGUGAAUCUCAGAAGAAAAAAGAUACUUGUUCCACUUCCUCCCUAGACCCUUCCCUUUAUUUCUCUAGAGGAUUUCGGGCUUGCAUGGCCAAUUGUCUGGCUGGGUUUGACUCUUCACUUAUUAUUUGAUGGAAGUCAUGAUGGAAUUGGGAGUUGGUCCCAUGUCCCUGGCUCUAGCUACCUCUGGAUGCCCAUGUGCUGGAUGUUUCCUAAGCAUGGAGUCUUCUAUCCUUAGGCAUCUGGCUGUUUUGGGGUCUGGGGCCCCUCCUUUUCAGUUUUAGCUGAUGACUUCCCCUUUCCAGAGAAGGGCUCUCUUGCCAUUCUCCUGUGCCUGGGGCAAUCAGAGAGAGCCAGGACAGGGCUAGCCAGCCCUUCUGGUUGCUCCCAGCGUGGGUAGGUGGAGUCCUAGUCUGGGAGGGGUGGCUGAUGCCCCCCCCCCCUCCUGCCUCUCCAGGCUUUCUGGGUUCCCUUGUGUCUGCUACCCAUCACCCCAUUGAUGGGGCCCUUGAUUUUCCCUUCCUUUCACCUUAACAGGUCCUGAGUAGCCAGGAUGAGAUUGGGGCAGGGGCUGGUAAACAAAGUUGCUGCCCUGAGAUAGGGGGUACUCACAGUAGCAAGCCCCUGGGGUAAGCAUCGCUUCAUUGCCUUUCUUCUGGAAUCUUCUCUGGCUUAGAAGCUGUACUUCCAGGCCCUGUUUGUUUCCUGGGCACCUCUUACCCCUAGCCCCCUCACAUCAUCUAUGUAUCAUCAGGCUAGGGCUCUGGGAAAGCCUGCCUCUGCCAUCUCCCCUGAGGAAAGGAGGCCCCUUGGCUAUCCUUGGCUGGCGGAACCAUAGCUGGGAAGAUGGGCUCUAGGAGCCACAGCCACUGUGUCCUCGGUUGGCCAGCUUCUCCCAGGCUUUUGACAGGAGGGUGAGGUCAUCCAGUCCAGAGAGAGGACAGGUGUCCCUGGCUCCCUGCCUGGAGUGGGGGGCAAGAGGGGCUCCAAAAUAGCAACUGUGACAUCAGGAAGGGGGAGGGGGAUACAGACCCAGGAAUAACAGGGCUAUUAAAAGGCUCCAGUGAGGUCAGGGGGCCAAGUGGGAUCUUUGUACCAACGGGAGGCCUAACCUGGGGCAGAGGGACAGGCUAGCAGCGGUGCACUGGCCCCAGAUCCCAGCAGGAAUUCAGGAGCUGGGGAUGCUCUGUCAGGCCUGGAUGCUGACAUCCUCAUGACUUCCUGGAGAGGCUCCAACCUUCAGUCCGUUCCUUCUUGGGCAGUGGGGUCAUUGUACCUGUUAAGGGAAACCCUGCAGUAGUCUUGUGUGUUUCCCUGCAUGUGAGGUAGUGGGGUACAAUGGUUAAGGCUGGGAUUUGAGCCCCAGACCUCCCAGCUCUACUGUAUGAACAGCUGUAUGACCUAGGGCAUGUAACCUUAAGGUCUCUGUGCCUCAGUUUCUACAGCUAUAACCUUUCUCCUGAGGUCAUCAUGCAGAAUGAAUGAAUAUGGUACUAUGAUGCUCUUAGUAUCACACCUGGCAUACUGCCAAAGAUGAACUGCCGUGCUGAGAAUGAGCAGGUGCCACCCAGUCCCUUGCUUGGGUUGCGUGAGGUCUGCCCAGGAAGUCUCCCUGCCCCCUGGAAAAAAGCUGAGCUGUCUCUGGCUGCCAACUCCAGAAUGGGUGAGAGGGAGCUGCCACUUAACUGCUGUUGAGGGUCUCCUUUCUAGUAAAGGGGGAGGGGAGGCAUUCCCCAUCCCUGGAGGAAGGCAGAAAUUAACCCCUACAGGGUUGUCAGGACUCCAGGGAAGGCACAGGUGGCUGUGUCUGUCACCUCUCCCCUAUCUUUCUGCUACCUUUACCUAUUGUGUAUAGCUAGAGCAAGGAUAGAGAAGAGGAUGAGCCUGGCUUCUUGGUCUGUAGUCCAUUGCCUGCCAACAACAGUAGUCAGAGUGGCUCUUAGACACUUGGGUACCCCUGCCUGCCUCCUUACCCUGUGCAGCCUUUGGCCACCCAGCUCUGUGGCCUUGGCCCUGAGUACAGGCCCUUCCCCACCCCCUUCCCUGCCUGGCGCUUCCUCCUGGGGUGGAACGCCGCCUCCCCCCAUGGGGCCUCCGCCAGGCCUGGGCUCCUGGCAGCCAGCCGGCGGCUCCCUGAGCAUGCUCCACCUAUUUAUAGACAGGGCCCUCCCCCAACUGCUAUUUCAGUCUCCUGCCAGCUGCCGGCGGCUCAUUCGGGAAGGAGGAGCAGGGAGCCAGGCCCAGAGCUGUCACCCGGUGGCGCUGGGAGGGAACACUGAGAGCCCGCCUGCCUGCCUACUGAGAUCCCCUUCCUGUCCCUGGAGCGCUCAGCCACCUACCCCGGCUCCUGGAAUCUGAGGACAGGUUGAGGUGGAUGCUCCUGUAGAUGAAGGCAGGCCUGUAGCCUCAGGGCUUCCCAGGCCUCCCGGAGUGCCCAGGCCGGAUGAGGCACCUCCCUACCUUGUGGGUUCCAGCAGCAGUGGCCUGAGGGAGUCCCAGAGCAGCUGGCCUGCCGGACCACCGUCUUCUAGCUGGCUCCCGCCUCUGGCGGCCCAUUCCGGGCAUGCUGCUGGUGCCCAAGGCGCAGGGGCUCGUGGAGAUGCUGCAGACCAUCUAUGAGACCGAGUCCUGUUUCUCAGCAGAUGGCAUGUUAGGCCGGGAACCAUCCUUGGAAAUCUUGCCACGGACUUCUCUGCACAGCAUCCCUGUGGCAGUGGAGGUGAAGCCAGUACUACCAGGAGCCAUGCCCAGCCCCAUGGGGGGCGGGGGUGGAGGCAGCCCCAGCCCUGUGGAGUUGCGGGGGGCUCUGGCUGGCCCUGUGGACCCUGUGCUCCGGGAGCAGCAAUUGCAGCAGGAGCUUCUGGUGCUCAAACAGCAGCAGCAGCUGCAGAAGCAGCUCCUGUUUGCUGAGUUCCAGAAGCAGCACGACCACCUGACACGGCAGCAUGAGGUCCAACUACAGAAGCACCUCAAGCAGCAGCAGGAGAUGCUGGCAGCCAAGAGGCAACAGGAACUGGAGCAGCAGCGGCAACGGGAGCAGCAGCGGCAGGAGGAGCUGGAGAAGCAGCGGCUGGAGCAGCAGCUGCUCAUCCUGCGCAACAAGGAAAAGAGCAAAGAGAGUGCCAUCGCCAGCACCGAGGUGAAGCUCAGGCUCCAGGAAUUCCUCUUGUCAAAGUCAAAGGAGCCCACGCCAGGCGGCCUCAACCAUUCCCUCCCACAGCACUCUAAAUGCUGGGGAGCCCACCAUGCUUCUUUGGACCAGAGUUCCCCUCCCCAGAGCGGCCCCCCUGGGACGCCUCCCUCCUAUAAACUGCCUUUGCUUGGGCCCUAUGACAGCCGUGAUGACUUCCCCCUCCGUAAAACAGCCUCCGAACCCAAUUUGAAAGUGCGUUCGAGGCUAAAACAGAAGGUGGCUGAGCGGAGAAGCAGCCCCCUUCUGCGUCGCAAAGAUGGAACUGUUAUUAGCACCUUUAAGAAGAGAGCAGUUGAGAUCACGGGCACUGGACCUGGGGUGUCGUCCGUGUGUAACAGUGCGCCCGGCUCCGGCCCCAGCUCUCCCAACAGCUCCCACAACACCAUCGCUGAAAACGGCUUUACUGGCUCAGUCCCCAACAUCCCUACCGAGAUGCUUCCCCAGCACCGGGCCCUCCCUCUGGACAACUCCCCCAACCAGUUCAGCCUCUACACGUCUCCCUCUCUGCCCAACAUCUCCUUAGGGCUGCAGGCCACGGUCACUGUCACCAACUCGCACCUUACUGCCUCCCCAAAGCUGUCAACACAGCAAGAGGCGGAGAGGCAGGCCCUUCAAUCCCUGCGCCAGAGCACCACGCUAACUGGGGGCACACUAACGGGCAAGUUCAUGAGCACAUCUUCCAUCCCUGGCUGCCUGCUGGGUGUGGCGCUGGAGGGCGACACAAGCCCCCAUGGACACGCCUCAUUGCUGCAGCAUGUGCUGCUGCUGGAGCAGGCCCGGCAGCAGAGCACCCUUAUCGCUGUGCCACUGCAUGGGCAGUCCCCGUUGGUGACUGGCGAACGUGUGGCCACCAGCAUGCGGACAGUGGGCAAGCUUCCGAGGCACCGGCCCCUGAGCCGCACCCAGUCCUCACCACUGCCACAGAGUCCCCAGGCCCUGCAGCAGCUGGUCAUGCAGCAGCAACACCAGCAGUUUCUAGAGAAGCAGAAGCAACAGCAGCAGCAGCUACAGCUGGGCAAGAUUCUUACCAAGACCGGGGAGCUGCCCAGGCAGCCCACUACCCACCCUGAGGAGACAGAAGAGGAACUAACAGAGCAGCAGGAGGCCUUGCUAGGGGAGGGAGCUGUUACCAUGCCCCGGGAAGGCUCCACAGAGAGUGAGAGCACUCAGGAAGACCUGGAAGAAGAGGAGGAGGAAGACGAGGAAGAAGAAGAGGACUGUAUCCAGGUCAAGGAUGAGGAGGGCGAGAGUGGCCCUGAGGAGGGCCCCGACUUGGAGGAGUCCAGUGCCAGUUACAAAAAGCUGUUCCCAGAUGCCCAGCAGCUGCAGUCCCUACAGGUGUACCAGGCGCCCCUCAGCUUGGCCACUGUGCCCCACCAAGCCCUGGGCCGCACCCAGUCCUCACCUGCUGCUCCUGGGGGCAUGAAGAGCCCCCCAGAUCAGCCCACCAAGCACCUUUUCACCACUGGCGUGGUCUAUGACACGUUCAUGCUGAAGCACCAGUGCAUGUGCGGGAACACACACGUGCACCCCGAGCACGCUGGCCGCAUCCAGAGUAUCUGGUCCCGGCUGCAGGAGACCGGCCUGCUCAGCAAGUGCGAGCGGAUUCGGGGUCGCAAGGCCACCCUGGAUGAGAUCCAGACAGUUCACUCUGAAUACCACACCCUGCUUUAUGGGACCAGCCCCCUCAACCGACAGAAGCUUGACAGCAAGAAACUGCUUGGCCCCAUCAGCCAGAAGAUGUAUGCCAUGCUGCCUUGUGGGGGUAUUGGGGUGGACAGUGACACCGUGUGGAACGAGAUGCACUCCUCCAGUGCUGUGCGUAUGGCAGUGGGCUGCCUGGUGGAGCUGGCCUUCAAGGUGGCUGCAGGAGAGCUCAAGAAUGGAUUUGCCAUCAUCCGACCCCCAGGACACCAUGCUGAAGAGUCCACAGCCAUGGGAUUCUGCUUCUUCAACUCCGUAGCCAUCACAGCUAAACUCUUGCAGCAGAAGUUGAAUGUGGGCAAGGUUCUCAUCGUGGACUGGGACAUUCACCAUGGCAAUGGCACCCAGCAAGCGUUCUACAACGACCCCUCUGUGCUCUACAUCUCUCUGCAUCGCUAUGACAACGGGAACUUCUUUCCAGGCUCUGGGGCUCCUGAAGAGGUCGGUGGAGGGCCAGGUGUGGGGUACAAUGUGAACGUGGCAUGGACAGGAGGUGUGGACCCCCCCAUCGGAGAUGUGGAGUAUCUGACAGCCUUCAGGACAGUGGUGAUGCCCAUUGCCCAUGAGUUCUCACCUGACGUGGUCCUAGUCUCUGCUGGCUUUGAUGCUGUUGAAGGGCAUCUGUCUCCACUGGGUGGCUAUUCUGUCACCGCCCGAUGUUUUGGCCACUUGACCAGGCAGCUGAUGAAGCUGGCUGGGGGCCGGGUGGUGCUGGCCCUGGAGGGAGGCCAUGACUUGACCGCCAUCUGUGAUGCCUCUGAGGCCUGUGUUUCAGCUCUGCUCAGCGUGGAGCUUCAGCCUUUGGACGAGGCAGUCUUACAGCAAAAGCCCAACAUCAACGCAGUGACCACACUUGAGAAAGUCAUCGAGAUCCAGAGCAAACACUGGAGCUGUGUGCAGAGGUUUGCUGCUGGUUUGGGCCGCUCUCUGCGGGAGGCUCAGGCAGGUGAGACCGAGGAGGCCGAGACUGUGAGCGCCAUGGCCUUGCUGUCCGUGGGGGCUGAGCAAGCCCAGGCUGCUGCAGCCCGAGAACACAGCCCCAGGCCGGCAGAGGAGCCCAUGGAGCAAGAGCCUGCCCUCUGACACUCUGGCCCCCAUCCUGGGCUUCAUCAUUGUGAUUUUGUUUAUUUUUUCUAUUAAAAACAAAAAGUCACACAUUCAA